AAUCUGGAAGCCCUGAAGCAAAACAUACUCCAACGUUGAUCAACGAAGCCUGGCAGUUCCCUGUUCCUCUCAUCACAAUCACACAUCUCUCAUCAUGAAUUUUGAGGAGGAAAUGAGCCGCUUUGAGGCCGAGAUCCACCGUGGUGCGGCCAACGCCAUGGGUCCCAUGGGCAUGGGCCUUCAUUUUCACGCUCCUCGCCCACCUAUGUCCGCCCCCAUGUUUGAUCCCGCCUUUCUACCUCACGCUAUCCACGCUCGGGCGGGUUUGCCGCCUCCUUCCGCCCAAAUGCAGACUUUUGCUCCGACUGCACCCGCUAUAUCGGCAUCCCCCGUCGUCAAAUCCGCCGCUCCCGUCAUCACGGCACCUCCACAGACCCGCACUGCGGCUAAAUCCAAUGAUCCUGCCGCCAAUGACGAUGAUCUCGAUAUCUUGGCCAAACUAGAAAAAUAUGAAAAAGAGAUGGGCAAAGAUGGUGGGACAUCAAAGAAGUCCAAGAAGAAGAAAGAAAAGUCUUCGACGAAUUUUACGCCCAGUGUGAUUCAAAAACCCGUACCAGCUAGUUCAAUUGUUCCUAGUGAACCGCCUCCGGCCACACAAAGUUCAAAUGUGAGUGCUCCUUUGCCUGUUCCGUUGUCCAAGCCCGGAUUUCCACCCCCUCCCAAUGGCACUACGGGCGAGGGAGAGUCCGGCAAAAAAGUCAAGAAACCGAAGCGCCUAAUUCGAUCGGGUGGUGGUCAAGUGUGGGAAGAUAGUUCACUGAAAGAAUGGGAUCAGAACGACUAUCGCAUCUUUUGUGGGGACUUGGGCAAUGAUGUGACAGACGAGGUCCUAGCCAGAACAUUUGGUCGAUAUCCGUCGUUUCAAAGGGCCAAGGUUGUGAGGGACAAGCGUACGAAUAAGACCAAAGGUUACGGGUUUGUCAGCUUCAAGGAUCCUAUGGAUUUUACCAAAGCGAUGCGGGAGAUGAAUGGCAAGUACGUGGGUAGUCGUCCAAUUAAGCUUCGGAAAUCGAAUUGGCGAGACCGAAACAUCGACGUGGUAAAACAGAAACAAAAACUCAAACAACAAAUGGGAUAUAAAUGGUAAUUGUAAUGUAUGCUGAAUGUUUAU